CCUCCUUCAGUGAAGCUCCUCCCACUGCAAUUCACCAAUAAAUGCUGGAAUAUUCCCAUCAGCCUACAAGUGAAGACGAGCAUCAAACCAUCAGGAAGAGCUGAAAUCUGCAAAGACAGAGUUUAUUGAAGGACAGUGAGAACAUGAGAGAUCCAGAAGACUGCAGAAUGAAACACACUGAAGAACAAAGAGACGUGAUGCUGAAGAAUGAAGAGAGCGAAGAGGAGGAGAAACAUCAUACCAAAACUGCAGAAAAAAUUCACUCACAGGCUGAAAGUGUUUCUUUACUGAAAAGAAGAGACAAGAAAUGUUUCACCUGCCAUCAGUGUGGAAAGGGUUUCACAUAUAAAACGUGUCUCAAGAUUCACAUGAGGAUCCACACUGGAGAGAAACCGUUCACAUGUGAUCAGUGUGGGAAGAGUUUUACAUACAAAACUUGUCUGAAGAUUCACACGAGGAUCCACACUGGAGAGAAACCGUUUACAUGUGAUCAGUGUGGGAAGAGUUUUAGACACAAAAAUAAUCUCAAGAUUCACAUGAGGAUCCACACUGGAGAGAAACCAUUCACAUGUGAUCAGUGUGGGAAGAGUUUUGUAGUACAAGGAAGCCUUAAGACACACAUGAACAUCCACACUGGAGAGAAUCUGCAUGAAUGUGAUCAAUGUGGCAAAACAUUUUUGAGUGCUUCAGGCCUAAAGAAGCACAUGACGGUUCAUUUACAGGAGAAACCACAUUCAUGUUCUUUGUGUGGAAAAAGGUUUUAUCAUCUGCAAAAUGUAAAAGUACAUCAGAAAAUACAUAAUGGUGAAAAAGUUCAUGUGUGCUUUGAGUGUGGGAAGAGUUUUAGCACAACUGCAGGUUUGAAACGGCACCAGAGGAUUCACACUGGAGAGAAACCUUACAAGUGUUCACACUGCGACAAGAGAUUCAGUGAUUCAGGAGCCAUAAUAAAACAUGAGCGGAUCCACACUGGAGAGAAACCUUACAAGUGUUCACACUGCGACCAAAGAUUCAAUCAGUCAGUACAUCUGAAAAGACACGAGAAGAUCCACACUGGAUAGAAACGUUAUCACCGCACUGCUUGUGGGAAGAGUUUCACUCGAUCAUUUUCUCUACACAGUCAUACAAAAAACAAUCACAGUAAGUAGUUUCAGAUCCAGCACUUUUAAGUGUGAAGCCACAUCCUCAGCAAACAUGACACAAUAGUAGCGUCGAGCAAUAAGAUCUCUUUGAUAUGAAGGUAUGUUUACAUGACAACGAUGUACUAAACUUGGAAAAGUUUUUUCUUUGUGGUUUUACACCAUCGAAACAGUGUCUUGAGAUGUGGUAACUAGUGUAAGCGGAAUAAUUGACUCUGGGCCAUUGAAUUCUUAGAAAAUAAUGCACACCCGAGGUGUAGCUCUGCUUCAUGUCAUGGCCGCAUUACCACCUCAGGUGUGAAUUAUUUUCUAAGAAUUCAAUGGCCCGCCGUCAAUUAUUCCUUACAUAAUAACUCUGUUUUCAAAAAUUUGCACUUUGAAACUUGUUUUCUAAAGUUAGUCUUUUCAGGCACCGAAAACGCCAUUGACGUGAAAAUGAACGGCCAGUAAACACACUAAAAGUUUUCAGUUUUUGGUUGAAAAUGUUGUGUAAACUGCCCCAAAAUCUGUCCUAUCCAGCCACAACGAUCAACAAGACAAAGAAACAUCAUCAAAAUUCGUGACAAGGAAUAAAGUUCAUCUUCAAGACCAGCAGUUUCAACUGAGAUUCAGAUCAACUCCAAGAUGGACAAUAUUUAAAAGAUAUACAAGAAUAAAUCAUUUUGCUUCAUGAUAUAUAUUAUAUCAUAAUAUUUUAUUAUGAGUUUUAUUUUGUUAAAUUUUAUUAUACUGCAUAUAUCACUACUUUACACUUAUGAAAAAAAGUAGGUUUAUUUAUUUUACGUUCAUUGAUUUUAAAACAACUAGUUAUUCUUCCACUUGUAGUGUAUUUAGAAAACUCAGAUGUAAGAUCUUUUCACUUUUAUUCUCUUGGGAUGCUUUGCUAUCUUGUUAGUCAAUAAAAAGAAAUUAAUUUGUU